CGAAAUUUAUUUUCAUUCAGUUUGAAAAAUAAGAAGUUAUUGUAAUAAAUAAAACCCUACUAAAUUUAGUUUUCCGUAAUAAUUUAUUGAAAAAACAUUUAAUAUGAAUAAUCAUCAAGAUGCUGGUGGAGAUAAGGAAACGCCUUGUCCACAAUUGGACUAUACCAAAGUUGAUGAACCACUUUAUUUGCCUCAACCUGGAAACGAGCUUCCGGUACAACCUGAAGAACAAAUGGAACCGAUCGGUCCAUGGGCAACAGGUCGUGUAACAUACACUUCUCAAGAUGGUUUAACAGGAAUCAGACCAGUCGCUGAUCGAUAUUCUAUAACCAACUCUGGAGAAUCUCAGUGGAGAAGUAAUAACUUGAAAUUUUUUAAACAAUCGAAUGAAAAGAUUAAUGAAGCUCUCCGUGCUAUAAGCAAUGCAAAAAGAUGUGUCGAGCGAUCUUACAAAGAAGCAGAUAAAAUACAAUUGGAAUCAAUGGAAUAUUUAAAAAAUCGUGCAAAUGAAGUACAUCGUUGGAAAACCGAACUGGAACAUUUAAUACUUGAGAUUACAAAAGAAAUAGAAUUAUUGCAAUCUGAAUAUCGACAUGUAAAACAUUCUUUGUCGCUCCUCACGGUUCCAGAAUCUAUAGCCGGUGAAUUUUUAGAAUUGCGAUCUAGACGAUUGGAUUCUGAUCUUAUUCGAGAUGAAGUUGAAACAGAACUUACAAAAGAGGUAGCACUUUGUUCAGAGAUACGUGAUUUGCUUGUUAGAACUCGAGAACACAUAGAAAUGCAACUAACCGAAUUAAAGACUGCAAAAGCAAGGAUGGAAAUGGAUUGGACUGAUAAAACUGACAGUUAUACUAUUGAUGCUGAAAACAUAAAAUUGACAAAUGAUUCUCAUAUCAUAAUGUGGAAGCUUGGAGCUACAAGAGUUCCAGCAGAGCAAUCAUCGCCUGCGAGUUAUGAACAUUACACACGAGAAACUCUGUCCGAAGCAGAAGCGGCCAGGCAAAGAUCUGUGAAUUUAAGAUCCACUUUAGACUCUAUAUAUAAAAAUGCUAUUAAAGAUCUUCGAAAUCAAGCUACUAGUGUAGAUUUGGUUUUAAGUAAAAAGAUUAAACUUACAGAAGAUGUUCGUUUACAAUUAGAGAAAGAAUUACUUCGCUGUUUGCACGAACUUGCAAACACUGAGGUACAGAUAGAGGAGCUUCGUCAUUCAACGAGAGGAAUGGAUUGCGUAAUGAAAGUAGCACAAACACGAUUAGCGAAUAGAUUACAACGACGCAAUGUAGAAAGUUGUCGUGAUACUCCUCAAUUUGCUUUGUUAGAAGAGGUGAAAUUACUUAAUGAACGUACAUCAGCUAUGCUGGCAGAAUUAAAAGUAGCCGAAGAAACUUUAGCAGGUUUAACAAAAGCAAGAAGCGAUCUUGAACGAGAAAUAAUCGUAAAACGCAAAACAUUAUAUUUAGAUAAAGAACGCGGACAAUGGUUACGCUCAUUUUAUCCUACGACUAUUUAA